AUGUUAUGUCAGCCUUCUCCAUUCGCCACCUCUAUACCGAUUGAACUCCAGAAACUUCCCCAACUAAGGCCUAGUCAGAAUCUUCAGCCGUUGAGUGAUGACGCAAAAAAGAAGCUUGCAUGGAAAUACGAGGGUUACCAGGAGUUCAGCCGAUGGAUGGCUUCCGACGAUGACUUUUUCAUCAUUCGACGCUUCCAGAAUCUAAACGCGAACGUCAUUCUGUAUAUGCAGGAUCGAGUCACACAAAUUGAGGAAAGGCUUAGAGAAAUCCAUGAGAACAAUGUUAACGCACCGGAUGGGGAGAACAGGAAGAAUUGUAGUUUUCGAUGGGACAUGAGACAUGAACAGGAAAGAAACAGAUUGAUGUGCGAGCUGACGGGUCUGUUACAUCACUACAACCAAUACGUGGAAACAUUUUCCAAGAUUCGAAGCCGACCGAAGGCGGAUAAACGCCAGGUUAAGAACCUUAAAGAAUUUUUUAAAAGAGGUGCCAUUAACGAGAAAGAGAGUGCCGUCGCUAGCAACGAGCGGGAUCUGAUGUCCAUUAACUCUCAGGCUACGUCACCGCUGGGUAGGAUGCUUGAAGCGUGUCGACUCAUCCGGUUAAGCCGUCUCGUUGAGGCGAAGCGAGAUCCAACUGCGACAAACUCGCCUUACACUCACUAUGCAAGUGACACAGCACUUGCGAACCUCACGACUGGAAGCAUCAUCCUCCUAGGGUUCUGCAUGCUCCUCGGCCCGAUGUGGUGGUUAGAAUAUGUCUCUAACAGUAGGAAGCGAUUGGUCAUCAUUACUGUGUUUAUCGCUAUCUUUAUGGGAUUGAUGUCGACAGCAACGGUCAAUAAACCAUUCGAGGUCGUGGCUUCAAGUGCUGCGUACGCCGCCGUUCUUAUGGUUUUUAUGCAGAUCGACAAUAGCAAAGGCUAA